CUCUCUUUUCUCGCUCUUUCUCGGGCAACUCGCUACCCCGUAUACCCUCCUAUACCCCUCGGUGCAACAUUAUCGAGCCAGCCGGCAGAGGCAGCCAGCAGUACUGUGUCAGGGCCUGCGCGUUAGCGAGAAAAGGGAAAAGGCCCUUUUUCACCACCCCCCUACAAUCUGUCCGCCACGGUGGAGGCACCAGACCAGCGCCGCAUCUGCAGUGGUGCUAUGCUCUAAACUUCUUUACUGUAGUUUUUUAAGUUUUUCAACCCCUUUCAGUGAGCGGAAAGUGGAACAGAAGAAUAAAGCAAAACUGCAACCCGAAUUUUGGCGAUAAAAAAAAUUGAUUUUGAAAUUGCCAAAUAUAAAAUAUCUGGAUUCGUCAUCUUUCAUAAAACGACAUGGUUUUAUGGGAUUGUACUAUUAUUCACAAUCGUAUAUCGCGUUUUUCAAGGUUGAAAACGGAUUAAAAUAAAAUUCUUUCCUGAUAUCGAAAGAGAAAAUCUUGUGUUUUCUAAAACAACAAUUAAUUUAAUUGUUGUCAAGGUCUUGAUAUUUAGUGACAUCUUAAAGUUGUUGUUUUUCCACUAUAGAUUAGAAUCCGGUUGAUUUUGAAUUGAAACUUUUGGAAAUAAUUUUCUUUUGUGGUGAGAAAUUUCUAAUUCAUGAUGAAGAAAUUUUACCCCAGUCAGUGCUGUUUCAAGAAAGGGGUGUUUAUUACCCCAGUAAUUUUUGCAUGGAUCAUUAUAGGACUAUUUAUAAAUUUUAGACCAGUUCAUCUUGAAAACUCAACAGAAAAAGCUUCCUCCCCAGAAGCAAGUACUCAAGACACAGGUUGCUUGUGUUCGCUACCGAACAAUACAAGUGCAUCUAAGUCAAAAAGAUCCCCUAUUUUAGUAGGACAUUCUCAUCUCUUAUCAAAAGUAGAACAGCCUACUUUUGAUCCUGCAGUGCCAAGAAAUAUUACAACACAACUAGGUCAAACUGUCUAUCUCCACUGUAAAGUUCACAACUUAGGAGAUAAAAUGGUAACAUGGAUACGAAGAAGAGAUUUUCAUGUAUUGACAGUGGCCUUGCAAACAUAUACUGCUGAUGAUAGGUUUGUCGCAGUGAAUAUGGAUCGUUCGGAUGAUUGGAUGCUACAAAUAAAAUUGGCGCAGCUGGCGGAUGAAGGACUUUAUGAGUGUCAAGUGAACACUCAUCCUCUGAUAAGCUUCUUUGUAACUUUAACUGUACUAGUUCCUAAAUCCUCCAUAAAAGAAGCUCCUGAUUUAUAUGUGAAAACAGGCAGUUCAAUCAACCUAACGUGCUUGAUUAGUCAGAGUCCAGAACCUCCAGUUUUUGUGUUCUGGUACCAUCAGGACCGAAUGAUCAACUAUGAUUCCUCAGGUGGACAAAUCACGGUGCAAAAGGCAGGAAAAGAUACCGCUGUAAGCAGGCUAUUCAUCAAAAAUGCUCAGCCUGCUGAUUCUGGUAAUUACACUUGCUGUCCAUCAAAUGCAGAUGCUUCAAGUAUUAGCGUACACGUUUUGAAUGGUGAAAAAAGAGCAGCAAUGCAACAUGAUCUAAACACCUCUCCGGCAUCUGGAGCCAUGGACCAAAAUUCAUGGAGUUUUUUGGUGUCUAUUUUGCUGUUUUUGGUUCUGUCAUCCUGACGCUAUUAACCAACUUUUGAUUGGUGAUUCAGAUAUGACAGUCCGUCCAUUUCUCAGCCAUACUUUCGUUAAAAGAUAGUUGAUCAAAUAUGAAUAGCUGCUGCAGUAUCUUUUAUCAAUGCAAAGGACGAAAAUGAAGUCUACAAACGAAUAUAAAGCCUUGAUUAUUGAUGGUUCGAGCUAUGUGUGACUUCAUAUUUACCGAGUAACUGAAAGUAUUCAGAGCUGUUAAAACGUCCAUUGUUUCAACAGGGCCAAAUUAUAGAUAGAAAAGUAUCUAACAUUGGACACACUCUUCGUUACAGAGAAACAGCUAAAAUGAUGAGUGAUACUGCUGGCAGCUUUCAUAGUGAAUGCUGAAUUUCAAGAAUAUAAUUUUUCUUUUAUUUUUCGUGGUGUCUUUAUCCAUAUCUAUGUCAUCUAUACGUUAUACAAACUCAAGUUACGUAUGUGUUGAAUUAUUCAAGUCUGUGGAACUUACAGGCUUUCGAUGCCAAAUGACCUAACAAACGACCUAAAACUGACAUACCUGCAUAGAUGUAUAUUCGAUAAGGACUUCUGUGUACAUAUAAAAAAUGGUGAAAUAUAUAAGACAUAAGCUAUAAAUAUAUGUAUGUUUAAACAGUUUCUUGUUUUACGGAACAGAAUUUCAAAGGUGCUGCAUCUUAUCAUAUUAAUAGUAUGAAAUAUUAUGAGUAAACAAUUUUCUAGGACAUGUUCUUGAAAAUCAAGACAAACUGUUGCUGUUCAAAUAUCUGUAUAUUGUAUAAUAGUUUUCAGAUUUCUUCGUAACUUCCGAACUUAUGAGCGGUAAGCAUACAAGCGGGCUCUUGACUUAUUAUUGUUCUUUUUUACUUCAUUUGUUUUCUUUUAAAACUAUAUAUUUGUGAACAGAGAGAGAUCAAGGUAACCUGAACGAGAAUGUUUUCAGCAGAUAAAUUUCUUUCAUGAAAUAUUCAAUAUAAAGUUUUUUUCGUGUAAUCUAUUUAUUGCGUGUUGUAAUAUUUUAUUUGAAGCUCAAAUUAUGUAUUAAGGAGGAAUGAUAAAAUAAAGAAUUUUAUUAAA